AUGACAACAGAAGUCGAAAAUGGUCAGGAAGCAACGCCUGAGAAGACAGAUUCUUCAGUUACCGCGCUGCCAAUAGAAAAGAAAGAGGAAGGACCCGACGAAGAGGAGUCAGAAGCAGAAGAAAUCGACUCAGACGAUGAUUUGGACGACGAUGUAAAUAUAAUGAUCGGAGAUAUCGACGGCGAAGCUGUUAUAAACAUAAACCCAGUACAAAGAUGCAAACAGCGAAGACAAAAAGACAAGACGCCUCAGCAAGCAGAAGUGCUCAUUACUUCUUCAAGCGGAAAAUUGAUCCCAAAUCCUGAAAAAGAUGCACUCACGGAUAAGCCGUGGCAGAAGCCUGGCGCUGACUUAUCAGAUUAUUUUAAUUACGGAUUUGAAGAAACCUCAUGGAGAAAGUACUCGGAGAAGCAGAGAACGCUCAGAGAUCGAGCUUUGCUCCUACUGCGGACAAGGACGAACAUCGCUCAAUUUGCGCCACCUGGAAUGCCAUUCCUUCCAAUGGGACCAUCGCCUAUCAAAUCUGAAAACUUCAACAGAUCUAACCCGCCUCCAGUUAUCAGCUCCAACGGCAGUGUACCAGUAAGUGCCAGCAUGGGCGACCGCAGAGGACCACCAGAUAUCAAAUAA